UGCUUUCAACAUGCCUGAUUCAACUAAUUAAUUACUUAACAGCCUUCCUGACUUGAAGUCGUGUGUUAGAACAAGAAAAACACUAAAAUGUGACAGACAGAGACUCUUCAAGAAUUGGUAACUCACUGUAUGUGCAUGCACAUGCUAACUGACUAAAUGUAAAUAAUAUCAAUUACAGGACUUUCUAGCACUAGCUAGCACAGAUAUCUAGCAGAGAUAUCAUUCCAUCAUCUUCAUGACUAGGUGAAGCCAAGUUAAUAAAAACAGCCCACUCUUCUUUGUCACUGUGCAUUCAAAGGUCUAUUAAAAACCAGCAGAAGGCAAAACCAUAUUUGGCCAUAAAAUCCCACCCACUCUCAUUUCCUGUAUGUCAUCCAGACAGCUAUUGUUUUCUUCACCCCAUUUUGGAUCUGCUUUCUCACCUUCUAUCUAUGGAAAUCACUCAAGAUCUUGUCUUAAUACUUAGUUUCAUGUGGCAGUUAGAGUUUGACGCUCAUGUCUGGACAGAGAGUGGACACACAUUUUGAACCUGGCUUACCUCGGUUUACUCAACACACCCAGAACCUACACACAGCCAUGGAGCAGGAGCCUGCAGAGGAGACUGAGACUCAGGAAGUUACUCCAGAUGCUGAGCUGGCAGCAGCUAUUACGAAGAGACAUUUCCGACCAUCUCUGAUCAAAUCCGAAGCGUGGGAGGGAUAUACAUUUGCCAAUCUGGAGAUUAAAAUCAAAGAGUCGACUGAUUGUUACGGUGCUGUGCUAUGGCCCUCAGCCAUGGUGUUGUGUCAUUUUCUUGACACCCAUCAGGAAAAAUACAACCUUGUAGAUAAGAACAUCAUUGAGAUAGGUGCUGGAACAGGAUUGGUUACUAUAGUGUGCAGCCUUCUAGGCGCAAAAGUGACGUCCACCGACCUCCCAGAUGUUCUUGGUAACCUGCGCUACAACGUGAGCCGCAACACCAGGGGGCGCUGUCGCUACGAGCCCCAUGUGACAGAGCUCACCUGGGGGCAGCAGCUAGAAGAGCGUUUCCCACGCGCAUCGUGUCGCUAUGACUACCUCAUGGCAGCAGAUGUUGUUUACUCCCACCCAUACCUUAACGAACUGAUGGAGACAUUUGAACACCUGUGCUCAGAGGACACUGUUAUACUUUGGGCAAUGAGGUUCCGCCUAGACCCUGAGAAUAGCUUUGUGGACCGAUUUAGAGCCCGCUUUCAUCUGGAAGAGCUUUAUGACUUGCCCAGCCUGCACAUUAAGUUGUACAGGGCGCAGAAGAAAGUCUCAGGCUCACAAAGUCAAUCUGGGGCUGCAGCGUAGAAUUAGGGAUGGCAGCUGUCCAGGAUUUAUUGUUCAUGGAUGUGUGUUAAAACUCCUAACUUCACUGUGGGUGGGCUAAUAAAUUUGCUCUGAAUACUUUCACUUGGCAGCUAAAAAUAUUCCAAAUUUCGUAGGUUAAUGUAAUUCACAUUCAUUUUCUGAAGUGGUGAAUGCAUUUAAAGAUCUAAUGAAUCAAAAACACCUAACACUGAAUAUAGAGUGUGUUUGAAUAAAGCAGACACAAACCUAUAUUCAGAUUUACGGUAUAAGUUUAAGUACGUUGCUUCACGGCUAACUGUAGCUCUCUGGCCUGGGAUUUGAACUCACAGCCUGCCACUAGUACAGAGCUACUACUACUGUUCACUACACGUCAUUAUUUAUUCAAUUAUUUCCAAGAAAUUUGAAGAACUGGAUCUGUGCCGAGGUUAAAAUGCUUAUUAAGACCAAACCGAGUUUUAGAACCUCUGAUGGAGCGUGCAUUAAUCCACACACCCUCCUACCUCAGACGGUUUUCAUUCCUGGUGCAACCCCUUGGGCCCGGUUUCUAAUCUCUGUGUCUCGUCUAUGACUGUGCUGUGCUGUACAAAAAUAACCAGUGGAGUCAACGGAUAGUUACAAAAACAGUACUACCUAAUUUACCAUUUUAUAAUUUAAGUAACUUGUUGUCGUUCAUCUUUCGUCUGCUCCCGUUAGGGGUCGCCACAGCGGAUCACUGGUCCAUGUAUCUGAUAGCACAGUUUUUACGCCAGAUGCCCUUCCUGAUGCAGCCCUCCCCGGUUUUAUCCGGGCUUGGGACCUGCACUGAGAGUGCACUGUUGCACACAACCCCUGGAGUUGGUUCCCUGGCCAGGAAUCGCACCCAGGCCUCAGCGGUGAGAGCGCUGUGGUCCUCCAGGGACCUUAUUAUUUAAGUAAUUUGAGUGAGUGAAGUGACUUGUGGCCAAGUAUAGUGACCCAUACUCGGAAUUUGUGCUCUGCAUUUAACCCAUCCAAGUACACACACACACACACACACACACACACACAGUGGGCAGCCUUUUUGCUGCGGCGCCCGGGGAGCAGUUGGGGGUUCGGUGCCUUGCUCAAGGCCUCAGUCUCACCUCGCCUGCCUCACCAGCCUCACCUUGCCUGCCUCAGUCGUGGUAUUCCCUGCUGGACCUGAGACUCAAACCCACGACCUUCAGGUUAACCUUCGGGUUACAAGUCCGACUCUCUAACCAUUAGGCCACGACUGCCCCCAUUUGCUAGCCAUAAAUUAGAUAUAUCAGGCCUACUACUUUGUAAUUAAAACUAAAGACUUAAACAUAGGACUGAGGCAAAAUUAACAGCACAAAUGGUAAUGCUCAUGCUUUCAUCCAGGCAAAAUGUCAAAAAGUUGGACUGCUUUUGCCAUCGGACCACUCAGUAUCCAGGGUGCUCAGUUUUCCAAAUGACUUUUCUGACUAUAUUUACAACCAAAGUGCCUAUCUGUCCUCUUUAAUUGUGAGUUAUAAAAACUUCAGCUUGUGUUCAUUUUAUCAGCAUUAAAUUACUGUAAGUGAGAAUAUUGUUAAUGGAUCAUGAAAAGAACCAGAAUCAGUUUUAUUGUCCAAUUAACAUUAUGAAAUGAAUGAAAGUAUUAAAUAUUAGAAUACGCAAUGAUUUUUGCAGUAUGUGACUAUGGAACGUACACAUUGUACAGUACAGAAGGUGCUGUGAUUACAUUUCAUAUGCAUAUUUCACUGUAUGUACAGUAUGAAGAUGUAUGACAUGUAGAAUGGAUCGUCAACUCUUUUAUUCUUGACUGUAAUGUCCUGCCACUAGUCACCUCGUACACUCCCGUUAAAGGUUAAAACUGCAGGCAAAUACAGUCUUAAUGAUCAAAUUGCACAUCUGACUUCUCCACUAGAAUGUCUUACAGUAAAAUACGUGAUAUUUUAAAUGGCAGUGGAUAAUGGUUUCUUUGUGUCUUCCUAACAAAAUGUAAAUGAACCAGUUUUUCAAAUAACUUUUAAACUGUUUGGUACUUGUGCUAUAAACCUCAUGCCAAAAUCUUUCAUUUUUGGACUUAUUUCUGCACAGAAAAGUAUUUUUACUGUAUGUGAACUAGAGAUGGCACCAAUCUAAUACCCAGGAUCUGUAUUGGGUUGAUAUCAGAGAAAAAAGAAUGAAUUUGAUCUGACCAUUUAACAAAUGGAAAAGAUUUAGGAUUUUUUUUUUUUUUUUAACUGGAAAUGUUAUGUCUCUGGAAAUGAAGUGUCUCUCCAUAUAAAAAGAAUUGAUACAUAAAGAGAUAUUUUUUUGGUUAGGAUUGAUUUUUAUCAUAUUUAUAUUUUUAAACUUUAUUACAUUUAUUAUAAUACCAAUAUAAGUCAUUUUUGUGUGCUGGGUUUUGUGCAAGUCAGUGCUUCAUUUAAAAAAAAUCAUUUUAAAGCUAAGUAGUUUUUAAAGGAAAAAAUAUCAGCUGUUUAUGGAUAUCAGCUGAUACUCAAGGUUGCAGUCUCAGUAUCAGAACUGGAAAAGAAUAAGUGGUAUCCUGCUAUCUCUAAUAUCUGUAUUUAAUUCAUGUUUGUAUUUAAUUAACUUCUACAGUAAACUUGAUGUCAAAUGAAUUUAUUCGUGGACUCUAUCAUUUCUGUGAGAGAUAAAGGCCUUGCAUUAAGUGAAUUC